UGAAAAAAGUUAUUACUACUUCCAAGUUCUCAAGAGUCAAGAAGAACCAACAAACAGAGUCUAAUAUGUUACUGCAUUGAGAGAAGAAAGGAAGAAACAGUGAAAAUCAAAUAGAAGAAAAUGAAUCCUCUAAUUUGGCACAAAGUCGCUGCAAUUUCAGGUGUAGCAGCACUUGGAUUAGGAACCUAUGGCGCACACGCUUUCAAACCCCAAAACCCCACUUACAAAGAUGUUUGGCAUACAGCUUCUCUCUACCAUUUGGUUCACACUGCUGCGUUGGUUUCAGCUCCAAUUACAAAAAAUCCCAAUGUUUUUGGAGGGCUUUUAACAGCUGGAAUCUUGGCUUUCUCUGGGACGUGUUAUACUGUUGCAUUUCUCGAAGAUAGGAAAUAUUCAACCUUGGCUCCAUUUGGCGGUUUUGCAUUUAUAGCAGCCUGGGGUAGCUUGUUUUUCUGAUGACUUCGCCCACCAUGCUGCUACAACAUCUAUCAAGUGUUUGUUAAUAAGCAAUUGCACUAUCAUUAAUUUAGACAAUUGUGUAGCCUGUUACCUCAUUUGUAAAAAAGAUUAAUGCUAUUUGUCCCAAGAGAUGUGUUCCCGACAUUAUCACGAUGGUGUAAAAGUAACUGCAUCACCAAAUCACCUUGUAUCCUGUCCAUCCAUUUAUUGUAUUAAUUGCAGAAUUAAUGGUGAAAAUCAAUUCGGGACACUA